AACCACACAACAACCAAACAAGCUGUUUGCCCGGUUGCGGGGAUUCGCUCUCAUAGACGGACAGCACUUCAGCCUCUGUUGGACCAAUUAACGGGCCCGUCUGUGCGCUGCCCCGCCGAGUUGUUACUGGGCGGCCUCUACUCUGCUCACUGUGCCAGGACAGACAGCAGCAGCAGCAGCAGCAGCAGGACAAACAGUCCAGGACAGACACUAUCAACUGAGCAAUGGGGUCUUCUGGGGCUCUCGUCUGCUCCACCGCUUUUGUCUUGGUUUUACUGAGCUCAGCAUCCAACGGUGAGCCCAUCGAGCAGCGUGAGGUCACCUUUGACAUUGACAAAAUCAUACAAGAGAUACAACAACCACCGCACUUCAUGAUGCAGCAAGAGUCGGACUUAACAGAGCUCUUAGAUCCCAAGGGUACUUAUAUGUUGGAUAUCCUGAGUAAGAGAGAUCGACUGGGUGUUCGGCCCCGUUCCUUUAGUCGUCCUCCCAUACUAGACUAUCCUGUUCAGUUUCCCCUCGGCCAACCGACCUCCGACAAUCUCCAAGCCAUCUGUCUCCAUGGAGACCAUCGUCCCCGCUACCCUAAGUCUUACUUUCCUGCCUCUGGUUUUGGGCAGCAGAGGCGAAGAGCCAGUGCUGUCAAUAAUGGAGAGUCCUGGUUAGGGACAUGCUGCAAAGGGAAUCAAGAGUGGGAGGCCAAAGUGAUGCUGUGUUGCGCCACACAGGCGUGGGAGCUGUCAGUUGAAUCCUUCUGUGAGGAGGACUUAUCGAUCAAGGAUCGUCAUUAUAGCUGCUGCAGACUGAGAGGCAGCGACAGGCUAAACUGCUUCCAAAACGACGCUCCAAACCCAAACUACAAUGCAACAGAGGAGCUGCCGGUGCCACCGCUUCUGUCUACCGACAACCCAUAUAUGUCUACCGUCAACUUCAACUUUGACCCCAACACUUGCCAGAGGACAGUGAUGACUCCUCACAGUGUCAGAGAAAGAAGAAAGGAGAAGAAAGCCUCUGCUUUGCAGAAAGUUGACAUCAACUUUCCUCCUGGACGACCCACAGCUGACACCAUUGAAUCACUGUGUCGUGACCAGAAGCUUCGCCCUCUCUAUAAAGUCAAUUGCCUCCCAGGUUUAGGCUAUGAAUUGCUGUCUCGUCAGGCAAAGACCAUUAAUCGUGUAGAAAAGGGAUUCAAACAGUGCUGCAAAAAGAAGCAGGAUGUGCUCAACUGUGCUGAUCAGAAGUGGCGUGAGGAGCUUAACAAGUUUUGUGUGAACAAGAACGGUGAACAAGUGGAUUUCCACUGCUGUUUGGGUGACGCGUCAGAUGAUCGAUACAACUGUUUCCAAUACAUUUCUCCUGACCCACAUUAUAAUAUGACCUCAGACACUGAAGAGCUCUCACUUCACAGAAUCUGUGACACUCACAAGAUCAUCAAGAAGAAGUUUCCUGUUGGUUUUCAUCUCAAGAGCUUUGUGAACCAAUGCUGCCCUCUGUCUGAUCAAGACAAGAACAUUUGUUUUGUGCAGAAGCUUGAAGAAAUGUCAGCGGUGUGUACAUCAAAGAAGGUUGCUCCUCCAGCUGUCCGUCGCUGUUGCCGCAUGUCUUCAGAAGAGCUUCCACAGUGUAUCUCCAAAAUUAUCAUGAAUGCCAUCACCAAAGCAACCACCACCUUACGCCAAAAGAAGAAGAAAAGGUGCCCUCUGUCCUAAACACACUUAUGACCUUAGGCUGCUGACCCUACUGGCGCUGGGCAGGGAAACGGCAAGCCAGCAGCAGAGGUGAUCCUCCGAUCGCUGAACAGGAACAAUUCUGUCUAGAUGUCUCAACAAAAUGUGGACCUAAUUCUAGCUUAAUUUACUGCCAGUGUUAUUUGCACUUUUCAUCUUAAAUCACAUGAGAAGCAUUGCUAUCACAAGAAUACAUUUAUAAAGAAACAUGCAAUAUUGUUGAAUGCUUAGUUUGUAGAACAGACUAUUGUCUGUGUCACUGUACCACUACUUAUAGGCUGCUCUUUACAUAUUUGAUUAUAAAGGCAUUUUAUUGAUUCAUUUGGACAUUUUUACAACAAGUUUUAAUAAAAACGUUUUUAAAUGAA